AUGACUGAUUUGGAGAAUAAAUCGGGCGAACGGCCGCUCCACAAAGAGCAAUCUGGAAGCACGGGGCCACACCUCAAACGUGCGCUCGGUGCGAGGCACUUGCAAAUGUUGGCGAUUGCCUCGAGCAUCGGGACGGGUUUGUUCAUUGGGAGUGGGAAAGCGUUGAGUACUGGUGGGCCAUUGUCGCUGGUCCUCUCGUUCGCUUGGUUGGGCCUUGUUCUUACUACCAUGAUGCAAUGUCUUUGCGAAAUGACAACUAUCUACCCGGCGAGCGGUUCCUUCGUCACUUACGCUGCCCGCUACAUUGACCCGGCCUGGGGCUUCGUAAUCGGGAUCCUCUACUGGGCGUGCUGGAUCGGGGCAUUCGGAACGGAGGCCACCGCUGCACGGAUCUUGGUCGGCUACUGGCUCCCCGUAGGGUGGAGCAAUGAUCCAGGUCAUGCAGCAAUUCUUAUAACCGCCUUUAACGUUAUUAUGGUCAUGAUCCAUGUUUGCCCCGUUCGCGUCUUUGGGGAAAUUGAGUUUUGGGUUAGCAGCAUUAAGGUGGUUAGCGUUUUGGUAUUCCUUGUCGUGAUUUGGGUUAUUAUGGGGGGUGGGGGACCGGAGGGAAGGGUUCAUGACGGAGAGUAUUGGGCAGAGGGAGCUAUUGUCAACGGUUUCAAAGGCCUUUCGAGCGUAUUCGUAACGGCAGCGUUCGCAUGCGGCGGAACAGAGGUUGCGGGUGUUGCGGGCGGCGAGACCAAGGAUCCUAUGAUUGCCAUGCCCCGCGCCGUCCGCACACUGAUGUUCCGCACCGUCUUUUUCUACGUUGUCACACUCCUCUUCCUGACCUUUGUCGUGUCGGCGAGAAAUCCGGCUUUGCUGGGAUCCGAAUCCGGCAGCGCGGUCGAGGCUAGCCCUUUCGUUAUUGCCAUCAAGGAGGCCGGAAUUGGGGUACUUCCCGAUGUGUUGAACGCCAUUGUCCUGCUGUGCGUUUCCAGCGUUGGCAGUGUGAGCAUCUACACCGGGUCCAGGGUUCUCUACAACAUGACCGAUAUAGGCCUUAUCUCUUCCCGCUGGGGAUUCGGAAGGGUGGACGAACGUGGUAGGCCAGUCCGAGCUAUCUUGGCGACCACCUUCGUCGCUGUCGGCCUAUCCUACAUGAACUGUUCCGCCUCCGCCGCCACGGCAUUCACCUGGUUCACUUCUCUCUCUGGGAUAGCAUUCCUCACCUGCUGGCCCACGAUUAUCGCCAGCAACUGGCGUUGGCGUGCCGGGAUCAAGGCCCAGGGACUAGACCUCCUCGACCUCAAGUACACCUACAAGGCCUCACUCAGGCCCUGGCUCCCAGCCUUCGGUUUCGUUUCCUUACUCUUCAUGCUCGUUUGCCACAUCUAUGUUAGCGCCUCACCAGUCACGGGACGUGCGAAUGCUGGGCACUGGUUCCAGAGUUGCAUCGGGAUCCCGCUUAUGGUGGUUUUGUUCGCCGGGUACAAGAUGGUUUUCAGAACAAAGUUUGUUACUGCUGAUGAAAUGGACCUCCAAACGGAUAAAACGCACGACUCGGACAUUACGGAUCAGUCGGAGAAGUUGGAUGCGUAUUAUGGGCAGAGUCGUAAGGCUAGGGUGCUGUCUUAUGUUAGAUUUUAG